AUGUCCGCUUUUGAUCUGACGAACCAGAGCAUGCAGCGUAUAGAGCCUGAGAUAGACUAUAUCGCCCCACGGAUGAAACUGAGGGAUGAGAUGUUUGUCUUUAUUGAUGGUAAAUGGGUGAAUGAGAUCUACUGCCAGCCACCCUUUGCUUCCCACCAAAAACUCUUUAGCAAGAAGGCACAGAAUGAGUGGAGCAUCUGGGAGGAGAACAGAGCGCUCUGGGAGGAAAACCACGUCCUCCGGAUCGAAAACAGGAUGCUCUGGGAAGAAAACAAGGCUCUACAAUGUCUCCAGUCACAGAACAAAGCUGUUCAGGUUAUUUACACUGAUGCCGUUCAGCAAAGCCUCCAGAAGGAAAAUAAGCCAUUCCCAUUCUUCCAAGAGAGGAACAUAGGCUUUCAGGUCAGCCCAGGCAACAAAGCUCUCCAGGUGGUCCAGGAAAAGAAUAGAGUCUUAGAGGAUUUCCAGCAGGAGAAUAAAACAGUCCCCAUCAUCUGGAAAGACCAAAAAGCCAUCACAGUCCAUGAAGAGAGCAAAGACUCCAGCUCAGAUCUUCAGAAGGACACUGACGCCAUCACAGCUGUGGAAGAAGGUAACCCUGGUCCAGCCUCCCAGCAGGAACAUGAAGCUGAAAAGAAGAACACCACUCCAACCCAGAAUGAGAUCAAGUCUGCCCCAAGCACACAGGGCGAGUAUGAAAUCCUGUGGGCUCUCCAGGACUUAUACGAACUCCUCCACAUCUUCCUGAAAGUGAACCAUCUCCCUGGGGAGAAACAGGGCUGUCACGUUCUCUACGAUGUGAACAGAUCCUUCCAAGAAGAUUACAAUAAAUUGAAGCUGCAGCUGAAUGCUGUGAAAAACACUGUGUCAGACAUUACGGCUCAAAUGGAAAUGUUGGAAAAGGAGCUCAUUGCCAUCACUUCCCCAAUGUAUGAAGAAGCAGGACAGAAGCUGGCAACUGAACAUCGGCUUGGAGAGAUGUGA